CUGAAGGUGUCUCCGCCUUGGGGAGCGGGAGAGGGUGUAGGGAAGAAAUACCGGGGGAUUCCCGAGGGCUGGCUCUGACACCUGAGGCAGCUUGCGCUUUAGCUUCCUGUCAACCCCAGCUGUGCAUGAUAGGGUUUGUCCCUCAUCUCACCUCAAUGGCAGGCACAGCUGAAUCCUUAUAGGAAUCCAUGAGAACCUAGGAGGGAGCAUUUCACUUUUCCAGCUUCUGGGGAGCCCCUGAGGCUUUGCCCUUUGACCUCUGACAUAUGUGCAGCUUCUGCUACUCCAGAUAUGGAGGACAUGAAUAAAAGAGAACAACCAUUCAUGAUGAUUCACAAAAAUAAUAGCUCAGAUAAUCUGGUGUACCAUAUGAAAAAUGGAAUGAGAAGCAACAAGUAUAAACCAGUAGACUAUCAACAGUUGCACACAUUAACUGAAGCAAAAAAAUUAGCUUCUGCCUCUACAGAGCUAAAGAUCAGAAAAACAGUGCAGACUUCAAAGGCAUCUAAGGAGCAGACACUAAUAAAACAACACAAGCAAGUGUGGUGGCAGGAACACCAAAGGCUAAAUGACAUCAGGUAUAAAAUGGAAUCUGAAAUAAAAUCCUUUCUUAAUGAAGAGAACAUUGGAAAUGAAUGUCUUUCUGACCUUACAAAUUUUGAACAAGAGUUAUCAGAACAGUGGUGCGUGUAUCUUAAAAAUGUGAUAAAUCCUAUUCAGCAGUUGAGAGCAGAUCUGAAAUACAGACAACAUCACAUUUCCAAGCAUUCAUACCCACAUUCUGAGUUUAACUCAGUGAAAGUGCUGGAAGAGGUGGACUUUGUGAAGACACAAUUGAAAGCUGUCUUUGAAAAACUUGUCCUGGAGCAACAGAAAAUAGAAAAUUAUCUUUCAGACUGGAGUAUGAAAAUACUAGAUCAUUCUUCAGAAGAAAGAUGUAACCUGCUUAGUGAAGUACCCAUGGAAUUGGAAACCUUGGAAUGCCCAUACCCUGAUUUAAAAUCUUCAAUUCUUAAUGAAUUCUCUAACUUUACAGAGAAAUAUCGAAAGAAACUUCAAGAUGUUGAUCUACAGUUGGAAGACAUAUCCAGAAAUUUCCAAUUAAGUGAAGAAGACCACUGGAUUUACCAGGCUGUUUUGGAUCAAUAUCCUGCAGAUCUCUGUGGCAGAAGGACUCUGUAUCUCAACAUGUUACAAAGAUAUUUUCCUCACAAAUCUAGGCAUGAUUUGGUGGAACAUGAGAAAUAUUGUGAUCAAUAUCGCUUUGCUGGGGAGCAGCGAAGGAUCCUGAUAUCAAAUUGGAAUAAGAACAGGAGAGACUUUAUACAGAAGGCCGUACUGACCCUCGCCGAGGCCUGUGCAGCACAUGCAACGGAAGGCAUGUUGGCCAAGGAUAGGAGAAAGCAGCAGGAACUGUGUGCUCAACUGAAAGCCAAGGUUCUUCAAUGGAGAGCCCACCAGGAAGAAGUAGCAAGACUAGAAAUGGAAAUUUCUGCCAGAAGAAGAGAAAAGGAGGAGGAGAAAGAGAAGCUAUGGAAGAAGAAAGAAUUGCAACAAAGAGCAGAGAAGAAAAAGAAAAUAAGAAAAUACUGGGCUAAAAAAGAACAGAAGUGGCAAGAAAUGGAAAUGAGAGAUCUUCAGCAUCUAGAAGAACUGAAGAAAUUAAUGGCUGAACAGUCAGUAAAAGACAGAGAAAGGGUUAAAUAUAGACAAGAAUUACUGGAAAAGCGUUUGAUGGAGAAAAAAGAAGUGGCCCUCCAAGAAGCUCAUGAAGAAGGAGAGAGAGAGAGGCGGCUAGAAGCCCUUAGGAAACAGGUUGCUAUUGUUGCUCAAUUUGAUCCUGUUAGAAUGAUGUCAGACACAAUAGCAUCAAAAGCAAAGAUGGGUGUUGGAACUGAAGAAGAAUUUAUUCUUCAAAAGCCACUCUUUACAUUGAAUACAUACAAUGAAUACCAGAUAACUUCUGACCCUCGACUCCGUUUUGAGUUAGCACUUCGGGAAGCUGGACUUCAUAAAACAUUUUAUGCCAGAGAGAUAUUACCAAAAAUCAGUCCUCAGAAACCUCCAAGAAAGGACAUGGAGUCUACUGUAUUUAAAAUCUAGAGUUCAUCUGCAAAUCUUAUAAGUAAACAAGAUUUUUCUUUGAAUACAUUUAUAUGGGUAACAAUUA